AUGUUUCGCAAUCGCAAGAAUUCGCAGAAGCCUGCCAACGAGCUCUAUGCUGCCUUCAAACAAAGCUUCCCUCAUGUAGGGCCCGCCACAACAACACCGUCCUGGGCAGUAUCCUCAAACUCUACGCUAGAGACCUCAACCUCACUCACGAGCACAUCAAUGGACCAAACAAUGGAUCAGAGACAAUUCGGCGAUCAAGACACAAGCAAAGACCAAGACUCAGGUUUUGGCGAGCCCGACGAUUGGAGGUUUACUCCAUCCAUCCUUGAUACCAAUUCCUUCGCCUUUGCUUCCUUCGCAAACCACCAAUCCAGCGAUUUCGGUUCGACUCCUGGAGGCACGAACACUGUCUUCCACAACAAUCAGGCAGGUGAUUUGCACACUCCAGGCCAAAGUGAUGCAACAGCCGCAAUAGACAUGCACGGUUUCCAUACCCACCUACUCCACUCGCAGCCGUUUCAAAACCCCAGCCGGUUCACACCGCAACAAUCAUACGCGCCUAGUUCUUUCAUACACCAAGACUCGGGGUAUGACACGAUGGAACACCCUAACCACGCUAUGCCUGCUCAAAGAUCAGGCAUUGACGAAGAGCUACCGAGGGAGUCAACAUUUAUGGGAUUUCCAGCAAGACAGUCAGACAGCGUGCAAGCGCAUCCUGUGCCAGCAAUGGAAAGUUUCCGUUAUCUUGUCACUCUCAACGCGCCUACAGCGAUGAUCAAAGACUCGGACGAGAUUCCUGUCACCUACCUCAAUAAAGGCCAAGCAUAUGCGGUGUCCAUAAGCGAUAGUAUGGGUCUCGGCCCUGCAGCUGGCCCGAUUAAAUAUCGAACCGUCAUCCGUAUAUCAUUUGAAGAUGAACAGCAAAGACAGCGGCCUUCGGCUUGCUGGCAAUUGUGGAAGGAAGGACGAGGUUUGGCCGAAUCUCAUCUGAGGGGUGGAAAGCUUCAAGCAGUGGAGUAUGUUGAUCCAAAUCAAGGGGGUGACGAAGAGACCAAACGACCGCGUGUCGAGCUGGAGGCGGCCUCUUUCGACUGCUUUUCCGUGACCUGGACUCCUUCAGCAGGCUCAAGCAGCGCAGACUGCUCGGUAGCCGUUCGUUUCAAUUUCUUGUCGACCGACUUCAGCCACUCCAAAGGUGUCAAAGGCAUUCCCGUUCGCCUAUGUGCAAAGACCGAAAUCAUCUCUUCUGGUACUCCAGAUUCGCCCCCUGCCCCGACUGCGGAAGUCUGCUUCUGCAAAGUCAAGCUGUUCCGAGAUCACGGCGCAGAACGAAAGCUUUCGAAUGAUGUUGCGCAUAUCAAGAAGACUAUCGACAAGUUGAAUCAGCAGAUCACUCAGGCUGAGAAUGGGCUGAAAGACCUUGGAAAGCGUAAAAGGAGUGGCGCCGACAAAGGUGGCAGUCAUCGAGCUGGCAAAGUUCAAAAGCACAAAAGGACCUGGUCUGUCUCAUCUCAGGGAUCUAAUGGUCGGCCCCCUGUCGAGGAAGACCUUCACAUGAAGCUUGCGACGAUGCAAGACAUGUUCACUUCGACUCGUCCGGUCAGCGUACUCUAUCUGAAAGGGUAUGAGCAAGAUGAUCCAGACGUCUUCCCAGUGUCCUUACCGGGGGAGCCCAUAGACUUGACCAAAGUCGGCCAAUCUGACCGCAAGGCUCUCAGCGAGUCGACACCCACCAACUCUUACAUAGCCUCGCCUUCGCCAAGUUCACGGUCUAUGCCAUCCGAUUCACGGCCUUGUGAGCCAUCAAGCUUUCAAAAGCCUGCGCCCUUCAAUUCAAACCAGCACCUGCCGAAUGAGUGGGAACAACAACUUGUUCGACAUCAAUUCACAAGCACGAACUUCUCAGGAUUUCCAUCUUCGAACACGGCAAUCAAGGUGCCAAAAGGGCACACUGACGAGUCGAUGUCGAAUUGGAUUGAAGCGUUUGAAGUUGACCCCUCCUACAAAGCCCCGGCUGAAAAGCCGAUCAAGCCUAUCGCUUGCUUUUAUGUUCUCAUCAAAGUGAUCGGUGAUACCGCCGGAGAGGACUACUACAGGGCAGUCUACCUCAUGGAAAGGACAGUCAAAGACCUUAUUACGAGCAUUGCCAUGAAGUGCGGAGUCGACCCUCGACAUGUCACACGAACAUUGAGAGUCAAUUCAAGAGGACUCAAGAUCAUGGUCGACGAUGAGGUCGUUGGAGAACUCCCAGAAGGCCAGGACAUGAUUGUCGAAUUUGCCCAAGUGAACGCCAGCACCGCCUUCAAGCAGGAAGCAGGCUCCGGCGCGAGUACUCCCAAAGCGACUCAAACACCUACCAAGAGCACCAGCAGUGCGGCUCUGGAAAUGAGACUUCUAUUCUAG